AUGAUAGACGAAGAGGGAAGGAAAGAGGUAGAAAGACUGACAAAGAGAGAGAAAGAGAGAGUAAGAGAGACAGAUAGAGCAAAAGAGAAUAUAGAUAAGAGUGAUAGGGAAAGAGGAAGGGAUAAAGAGUUAGAGAGAAAAGACAAAAAGGAAGAAUGAGACGAGAGAGAUCACGUGAGAGAAAGAGAGAGUGAGAAAAGAGAGAGGGAGUGA